UAAAUUAUGAAAUUACGUUAUACGUCAUAAUUUAGUUCAAAUAUGUUUUAUGAAGCAAAUAUUUCAGAUUCCUUAGCUGUCUACGCAGUCUGUCGCGGUAAGAAUGUGCAGUUUCCGGCAAUUACCCCUCUUGCUCCGUCGUGGUCCUCCGGAAUAAUUAUCCCUAAUGGAGCUAAUACACGUAGGUAUUUAAAGAAAAAAAAAAUAUCGGUCCUUAGUGGAAGACGCCGAGAGGGUCAUAACUUGAGUGAUGCUUCGAGGACUUAAACUAGGUUUCUAAGGUGCACUCAUCUUUUUAUCGCCUUAGGAAAAGUAGAGGUAUCUGAAUUACGCGCUUCAUUCUUAGAAACCCGACAUUACCUGCGAGAACUCGAAAACAAACCCGUCGAACAUAGCGGGAAAAAAACCCCCAAACAUCAUGGCGUCGAACGAGCGAAUCUCGAUUUCUAUCCAGCCUCUCCAGUACUCCGACAUCUCUACCUGCGCCCGCAUUACCUCGGCAGCUUUCUCUGUCGACCCUCAUACAAUUGUGAAACAGUUAGGUGGGGACCCUUUCGGCAUGUAUACCAUAUCGAGCUCCAGCUUUCUUGACACCCUCCAUAAGAGAAAUUACAUAUACGUCAAAGCCGUGGACGACCAAACGGGCGCGAUCGUCGGCCACGCCGGCUGGGCUUUUAGGGGCUUGGAUCCUGAGUUAAUCCCAUGGCGUGGGCCCGAAGACCUGAAGCCGACGAAAGAUACCAAUAAACAAACGCAAGGGAAGAAUCUCGAAACGAGUGAACCAGAGAAAAGGGUGGACUCCAUCACUCGUCUUCAUGCUCUUGAAGAUAUCGACAUGCAAGACUGGAUAUCUAAUAUGGUUUCUGCUGAGAAAUCCUGUAUGAUUGUUGUCGGCCUCAUCGUGGCGCCGUCAUAUCAGUCGCGAGGAGUAGGCGGCGCGCUAAUGCGACAUGGCAACACUAUGGCCGAUGGCCUAGGUUUACCGAUUUGGGUCCAUUCAUCACAUCAAGCCUUCGAAGCAUACAAGAAAUAUGGAUUCGUGGCCGCGAGACAGUUAGAUAUAGACCUGGACGAGUAUGCGCCUAGGGGCCCGGAAGAAGGAGAAGAAGUAAUGGGAGACAAGGGGAGCGGCCGUUGGGGGAGAUAUAUCAUUAGAUAUAUGAAAAGAGUCCCGAAGAAAUCCAAUGGCGAUUGAGCUUUAAGCUGUGUGGCCGCAUAGCGAAUGGAUCUUGAGAACAUUCGUCAUUGCAAUGGACGAUACGCAUCCGGAGA